CACAAUUCUUUCCAAACAUUCUUAUUUAUAAACUUUGUUGAUGUAGAAAUGAAGCUUACGAUGAAAGUUCUUGCGAAAUCUAACUGACGAAAUGAAGAAGGAAAAUUGUAACAAUAUCGGCUAUCAUGGUAAAAAUAGCAUCUCGUCACAGAAAAAAGAGUUUGAAUUAUUCCUCCAAAAGCAGUGCAAAAUCUUGGCUGCAAAAUAUACAUUCCUGACAGACAGACAAAUCAAACAACGAGCUGUGUGUAUGUGGAAGAAGAUGAAAUCAAACACUACUUCAGAAUGCACAAAAAGGGUAAAGGAAAAUACGAAAUACAAAGACAAAUCUUUUGAAAAAACAACAAGAAAAUCUAAAACGGCUUUUCACAGCAAGAAAUCUCCUAAUAAAUCACCACAGCUUCCAAAGCACAGAGCGUUAGUUCCUCUACAAAUAGAUGUUGUAUCUGCUCCGAAGAAGAGCGUCUUAAAGAGGAGUUACGAAAGAAAUAAUGAUAAACGGCGUGUGAGCUUUAAUAGUCAGCCAGAGGUGCAAUACUGUACAGAAAGUGAUGAAAGCACAGUUAAUAUUGCUCAAAUAGGUAUGAUGAACACUGCAACAUAUAAGAAAAAUUCUGUGUCAAAAAUGGAAGAAAAAUUUGAUAUUCUACUAAAUGAAAAAUGCACUUGGAGUUACAGAAAACCGAAAGGAACAAAUAUAAUCACAUCUGCAAGGAAAAAAAUUACUAAUGGUAACAUUACACAAAUACAAGCUGCAGUAAUAACCACCACAAAGAAAAAUAGGAAUACCACAGCAGAUAAUGAAAACAAUUUGCCAAGUUCACCAAGUGAAAUCUCAGAUACCCAAAGUGAAAAGAGAUUAAAAAUUGAAUAUAAAAAUAUUCAUAGAGUUAAACAAAAUGGAGAUGAAAAGAAACAAGAAACAACACCAGAAAAAUAUCAACUCUCAAACAAUGAGUUAUCAGCUAUUUCACUCAGAAAAAAUCAUAAGCGUGAAAACAAGCAGACGAGUUCACAAACCAAAGAAGACAAAGCAACACGUAGAAAUCUGAGAUGUUCGAAACAAAUAAAUUAUAAAGAGUUCACAUCAUCUAAUGAUUCAGACGGUAGUAGUGAAGAUAAAAUGAUUUUACAAACAAGAUAUUCUGUUAUUAAUAUGAAUGUUUGCCCCUUAAAUUCCACUGACAUGGACAAAAAUAACUUUUCAAAAUCAGAUAAAUUAUAUGAUAAUGUGAAAGCUGAAAUUCCUUUGCAUACAAAUGAAGAAAUGCUUCCACAGGAUGAUCAAACAACAAUUAAUGAAAAUAUUGAUGUAAAAGUUGUCAAAUGUUUUGAUAAUAAGAAAAAAUCGACAAAAUUUUCCAUGAAUAUACUUCCUACAUGUGAAAAAUCACAAGAUAAUGGAUCUAUAAUAGUAGAUUCUUUAAGUGUAGAAGCAUCAAGUCCUAAUUGUCAAUCAGGAAGUGACAGUGAUCAGAAAGCUGGUAGACACAAAGUAACAACAGUUUUAGAUCAGAAACAAAACCUGAAACUCAAACAGCAUAAAGAUGAAGAGUUUGAUCCUCAACUACAGUUGGAAAUUUUUCAGCGAUGUCAGAAUAUCAGUGCAGAAAUUCAAUCAGUUUGUGAAGAGCUUGAAAUGCCACAAGAUUACACUGAAUAUGAAAUUACAAAUAAUAUUCUCCCUGAUAAAGAAACUGAUUAUAAUGAAAAUACUGAACAAAUACAAAAUAAUUUAUCUAAUGGUACACAGACACAUCCAAUAGCUGCCAAAAGUGAAACUGAUCCAAAUAAUACAUACGAUAUUCCAAAUAGCAGUUUACUUGAUGAAGAAUAUUUAAACAAUUUUUUUAACAGCAAUUUCGAAGUUGAUAAAUAUGUAAAUAAGAAAUGCAAUUUAAAUCACUCAGUUUCAUCAGAAAAGCAGCAAGAAAAUCGUUCAUUCUACAUAGAGAAACAACAUAAAAUAAAUACAAAAAAUAACACUUCUCAUUAUUUAAAAAAUUCAAGAAACAGAACUCAGCCUCAAUGUGAAAAUGUAACCAAAGAUAGUAAAAAAAUUAAGAAAUUCAUAAAAGGAAAAAAAAUAAAUAUACAGGUUAAAUAUCCUGAAGAAUCUGAAAUAAUAUCAAGCUUAUCUAUAGAAGAAGGAAGUGAUGUAGCAUUACCUAAUGAGAAAUUAAACACCCAGAAUAAACAAAUACAAAUUAAAACACAAAAUGAUGACUUUAAAACAGUCAAUCACCCAGAAGAUAAAGAAAAUUCUGUUUUUGAAGAGAAUGAACACAGUAUCUCAAGUAUCAGUUUCAUUACAGAAACUCAGAUAAUUGUAAAUCAAACCUAUAAAAGCACUCCUGGUCAAGACUAUAGCAAAAAGGAAGACACUUUUACUCAGCCUAAUAAUUUGGAAAUGGCAGAAAAAAUUGUGAUUCACAACAUACGAAAGAAAGAUAGAAAUGAAGGAAUUACUAAAAACCCCCAAAAUAAACUUUAUGAAGAACUUGAAUUUAAAAGUAAUGGAGAAAAUUGUGAUGUUUUAGUAGAAAAUUUUGAAAGUCCAUUAUCAUAUAAAAGUGAGAAUAAAGAUGAACACCUGAAAUAUCAGAAAAAGAAUAAAAUAAAUCAACAUGGCAGUAUUUCUAAAAUGCAAGAAAAAUCACCCAUAACUAAAGUGAGAAAGAGAAUUAAGGAGAAAACCAGCAGAAAUCCUUAUAAUAAACAUCACGAAGAAAGUGAAAGUGCACCUGGAAAUACUGAGGAAAAUAUUGAUCUUUUAUUGGAAGAUAUUGAAAAUUCAUUCUUGCAUGAAAAUCAUGAAGAAAACAUGCAACAAGAACAGCAGUCUAAGAGAAAAAGUUUGAGAAACAGAAACAGAAUUGAGCAAAAAAUCUGUAAAAGUCCUUAUAAUAAACAUAAUGAAAAAACUGAAAGAACUCAUCGAAAUGCUGAAGAAAAUGACGAUUUUUUAUUAGAAGAGCUAGAUUCACUGUUAUAUGAAAAUGAUGAAGAAAAUAUGCUCAUAAAGCAAUCUAAAAGUAUAAAUCUGAGAACAAGAAAAAGAAUUAUGGAAAAAAACAGCAGUAGCCCUUAUUGUAACGAAGAUACUGAAAAUAUAUAUGGAAAUGUUGAAGAAGAUGACAGCUUUUUGUUGGAUGAACUUGAAAGUUAUUUGCAGCACGAAAGUGAUGAAGAAAACAGACAUCUGGUAAAGCAAUCUAGAAGGAAAAAUUUAAAAAGCCCCACAUAUAAAAAUGAUCAUCAAUAUAAUGGAGAUUUAUCACCUCUAAAUUUCUACCACGAGGUAUCUGAUAAUGAUAGUAACUUUCAAGAUGACUUACUUUUUGAUUUUGAUAUUAAUUAUCAAUUAGAAUACGAAAAUAUGACAAAAUUUACAAACAAUAAAACAAUCAUACCGAAACAAAAAUAUAUUAGUAAGAAAAAGACAGCAAAUAAUGCAAUGCAUAACUGGCUGAAUAUAAGCAAAGAUAAUAACAAUAACUUCAAACUCAUUGACAAUAAAAUAAAUGAAAAGCCAAAAACUUGGGAAAGCCUUGAAGAAAAGUUAUUAUCUUCUUCAGGUGUUAUGUCUGACACUACAAGUUACAAUGAAUCAAAAUUAAAGCAUACUGAAACUGAAUUACAUGACCAUGGCUAUAACACACAGAGAAAUAUUGGAAACAGAAAUUUAUCAAGAAAUAAAUCGGAGCCAAAUUUAUUUACAAACAUAUUGAAUGACAAGCAAUUCACUCAAGAUAAGGUAGCGGAUAUAACUAAAUGCACUACAUUUGAGAACAAUAAUACAGAAUCUAGAAAAUCAAAAUUGAAAAGCAACAACAUUUUGAAGAAAGCUAUGAAAGCUAUGGACAGGAGUGUUGUACUUUACCAAGAGAAAAUAAAAUCUCCUCAACUAAACAAAUGGUCAAAAAAUAAAGAUUUUUCAAUCAAUACUUUCUCUGAAAGCCAUGAUAACAAUACAGUAUUACAAAUACAAUCAUCUAUGCUACUUGCAGUCGAAGGAUCAAAAAUGCUGAAACAAACAAGCGAUUUAAAAAAAAAUUAUACAAAACAAAAUCCUCAGACAGGUUUUGAAACGAAAUGGCCUUUACCACCAGCAAGAAAAUCUAACAGGACACAUUCGAUAAAAGUUAGAGAAGAAAGUGAGAUAAAGAAUAUGGAUUUUAAAUUAGACAACAAGUAUACCAAAGGCAAAGAUAACAGUAUUCUGGAUACAACAGAAUUUAAUGUCUCAAAAUAUUCCUCUCCGAAAAGAAGAAACUCACAUAAAAAUAGAUAUCAUAAAGACAAGUAUCUCGCUAAGAGGAAAUGUGCUGGAGAUGUUAUAACCACUGGGAAAGAAAACAUUGUACAGGAAAAACAAAAGAUAACAGAUGAAAUAAUAAAUUCUGUUCUUGAAGACAUUGAAUCUAAAGUAACAUGUAAUGAACCCUGUUCUACAGAAAGAGAGGAAAAAAAUUACAACAUAACAGUAGCAAAAUGUGGCUUGAAUCAACAAGGAAAAAAUAAACAAAAGACAUUCAAGAAGUAUGUAAAUGAAAUCAGCAAGCAAAUAAAAACUACAAAAGAAAAUAAUACAGGAAAUGAUGAUAAUUUAACUGAAAAUGCAUCGUUUCAUGGUUCACCUCAAAUAAAAAGUAAUUUAGAUACAAAUAUUUCAAAUCACGAAAGUGAUUCAAUAUACAGGAAAAUUCCUAACUUAAUGGAAAAUGAACACAGUUUGCCAUUUGAAAGAAAAAGCAUUUCAGACACAGUUGAUAAGAAUUAUGAACACACAUCUUCUUCUAUUACACAGUUUGAAUUCAAGAAACCACAUACCGAAACAUUUUUUAAAACCAAAACGUCAGCUGUAAAAGAAGAUAUAAACACUGCUUCACAAAAAUAUUUCCAGAAAACUACUAGUGCAACAACAAAUGAAAAAUCAAGUAAUAAUAAAGGCUAUUCACAAAUUCAAAGCAAACAUUGUAAAUCAGUUAACAAAAAAUUGUGCAGUCCUGAAGAAAAUGCAAAUCAUGAUAAAAUCCCUGAAAUGUAUAACCAACACAGAACAAAUUUACAAGACAAUUUGACUAUUCAAGAGCAAAUUGAAACUGAAGAAUCAAAUGAAAAACAAAUCUUAAAUAAACCAAAAACAAAUAGUGCAGAAAAUAAAACAAUGGUAAAUAUGAAUGGAACAGAAAUAAAUAGGAGUGAACAAAAAUUUUCAUCUUUCUCACAUCUUAAAAGAAAUGCAUCAAAUAAAACUACUCCAUUUCUUAAGAAAAUAUUCAAUAAAUUUGAGUUCAUGAAAAGAGAUAAGAAUGAUAAUGGAUUAAAAACCCACAGAGGUAACAAAAAUAUGUCAAAAGCAAGCAGAAAAUACAAAGCAUAUUUGAAGAAGCUUUUUAAAAGUGGUCAAUGUAUUAUAGGUACUAACUGUCAUGAGAAUAAAAAUAAAAUAAGACUUACUUCAGAAACAAAAGAUCAGACUGUUUUAAAACAAGACAAUGCUAUUACAAAUGAAACUGCAACUAGCAUGAACUACAAAAACAAGUUAAUUGCAGAUCAUGAAAUAUUUUCAGUUUCUUCUGAUUCAAGCACAUUCACAUCAUCUGAUGAUAAUAUGCAGAUAACACCAGGAUCUGGAGUUCUUUGCGAUUUCUUUGACAAAGAGUAAUGUACAGUUUUUAGUUGAGAUUACUAUAUGUUUACUUUUGAUAAAGUGCAUCAUGAUUUCAUUGAACUGAACAUAUUUUUCAAGA